AUGGCUGAGGGCGUCGACAAAUCUCCAGAAAUGAUAAACAAAUGCUUGAAGGCCUGCAGGGUUAUUUCCCAAAUGAUGGCUGCUCGCCAAUAUGAAUCACUCGAUGAUGAUGAAAUUUUCUCGGUUAUAACAGAUGAAAUGGAAAUUGAUGAAUUCGAAGCAACUUACGAUUCAAUCAAAAAUACACACUAUUUUAGAAAUAACACUACAACAGAAGCACUUGCAAUCGUAUUCGAUUUCAGGGAUAAAUUAACACACAAAACUUUCAAAGAAGACUACUUUAAAUAUUACACCAACGCCGAUAAGCCAAUAACACAUUUAAUUUUGGUCCACCAAGAGGGAUCAUUGGCUCAUAUAUUUGAUCGCAUUAAGAAACAAUUGCGUUUAAUCGGCAAAAAGCUCGAAACAUUCACACUCCAAGAGCUUCAAUAUAAUAUUACCAUGCACUUCUUCGUUCCAAAGCACAAAGUUCUUUCAAACGAAGAAAAGAACGAACUUUUCAAUAGAUAUAAAAUUGAUGAAACAAAAUUACCUCAGAUAUUAAGUACAGAUCCUGUCGUUCGCUACUACGGCGCUGACCCAGGCGCAAUUAUCGAAAUUACUCGCCGCUCUGAAACUUGCGGCCGUGUUGUAACAUAUCGUCUCGUCAUUUAA